AUGAUUUUUUCCAGGUAUCGUCUGGCUCCCGAGCACACGUACCCAGCACAGUAUGAGGACUGUCUGGCUGCUUCCACACACUUUAUGAAGAUGGCAGAAGACUAUGGAGUGGAUCCUGCCUGUAUUAUCCUUGCGGGGGACAGUGCAGGAGGCAAUCUUGCUGCUGCUGUUUGCCAAACCCUCGUGACUAGUGCAGACCUUCCGAAGGUACAUGCUCAGCUCUUGAUCUAUCCAUGCCUUCAGGCAAUUGACUUCAAUUUACCAUCAUAUCAGCAAAACCGUGGAGUCCCCAUCUUGUUUAGGGAACGUGCAGCUUUCUAUGUUCUGCAGUACCUGACGGGUGAUGCAUCCUUUUUGGAAGAUGUCCUGGAAGGUUCCCAUCUUCCCGUAGAUGUAAAAUUGAAGUUUAGGAAAUGGCUAAGCGCAGACAAUAUCCCCAAGGAAUUUAAGGUCAGAGGGUACAAACCAAAGGUGCCCAUCGGAUGCUCCCUGGAGGUUUAUGAGGCAGUUAAAGGUCUCUGUGAGCCAUCCUUUUCCCCACUUUUAGCGGAGGAGGCUGUGGUUCACCAGCUCCCGGCGUCGUUCAUCUUGACCUGUGAGUAUGACGUGCUUAGGGAUGAUGGCCUGUUAUACAAGAAGAGAUUAGAAGACAGCGGUGUUCCGGUGACCUGGUACCACAUUGAGAAUGGAUUCCAUGGAGUCAUAAGCCUGUUUGGUCAUGGAGGGUUGUCAUUUCCAACUGGAAAAAAGGGACUGGACAGCAUUGUAAGCUUUCUCAGAAGCUUAUAAAAAACCAGUUUUUCAAAUACUGGGUCUUCUGUUUCCUCUGGUCUCCAUGUAGGCCCCAAAGUCUGGGAAGAGCUUUAUAGGAACAGUAUUUGAUAUCACAUGAUGGGCUGCUUUGACAUGGUUUCCCCUGCUGAUGAAGUUCACAGGCUUGUGUGAUGUCUCUUCUGUUGCUGGUUGGAGUGCUGAUUGCACAUCUACCUAUUUGUAAUGAUUUCUUUGCAUCAUGCGGCAAGCUGGUGUCUUUCUAAAUAUCAGUAAAUAUUAAAGAAUACUAUUUGAACUGAU